AGAGUGAGCGAGCGGGCGAACGAAAGGUAGAAACGACCUAACCUACCAGUCGGUGUGUAGCAGGUGAAAGAGAAACACGUGCUUAUAUGGAUAGUGCGCUGUAGUAUGAGGUGCGGCGACGGACUUUUCCAUGUGAUCAGGUGAAAACUAUUUACGCACACCCCGGAUAUCCCAGCAGCUCAGCGUUAUUUUAAAGGGCGGCUGAAGAAGAAGAAGAAGAAUGCGGUGCGUGAUUUUGGUGGCGGUGCUGGUGUGCGUGCAAAGUGCCAUCGGCCAAUUGUACUACUGGGCGCACUCGCCGGCCCUCGAGCCACAUUACGCUUACGGCGACGUGAUCACCUCGUGGGACCCUGGAGUGCAACAAACACAGAGGCUACCUCGGCUCGCCAUUUCAGACGACACCGAGUUCGCAGCUUCAAGCAGUGAUUUUGUGAAUAAAUCCCCAUCGACCGAUUCUUCCAGCAGGAGGAAAGCACGUCAACGCUACAAUGGCGUCAAUCAGGGUUUGGCAAAGAGAGCGGAGGCACCCCAAGAUGCAGCGGCGGACGGCCUUGCAGCCGUUGAGAGUGAAAAAGCGGCACCGCCCAAGAGACCCAGAAGUCGUACUGCCGGCAGGGCGGAGUCGCCGACUCAGCAGCCUGCUCAACAGGAUGCAGAGUCGACGACAGCCAAGAACGGCAGGGGAAGGGGCGGCUUUCGAGGGAAAGCCACCUUCACCACCCCUGACAUCCCUGAAAGGAAUCGCGGAAGGUCCCUGAGAGGCCCCCAAAAUAUAGAGAGUCCAGCAGCUGUUGGCUCAACGGAAGGCACUUCUGUUAUUAAAAGGCGGCCGGUCAACGUCAGGAGGAAACCUUACGGCGGCGACACGCAAAGAAAGCCGUUCCCUUCCAACAGCGAGGCGGAUGGAGAAAAGUCAUCCACUUCGGAAAAACCGUCCACGGAAAAACCCAUCAAGAGACCCUUUUUACCGCCAGAGGAAGUGUCUCUUAAGGAGCAGCAUCAAAAACCACCGACGGACGUCAGACCAGUGACCUACAAACCACCCUUGCCUCCCAACAAACCCUCGAAUUCCUCCAAACCUGCCCCAAAGCCCACGACUUUCAAACCGUCCUUCGUUCCCAAGGACCUUUUGGUGUCAGAAACCACCACCGCGGCGGCGCACCCCUCGCCCAAAUUCACGCACGUCAAAUCGGUGACGAUUAUUUCCACCUCCCCGGAACAAGUUUCCAUCAAACCGCACCGGACUUCGGUGGUUCGAACCACCGCCAAACCCUUGCACAAGGCCACCACCGUGGUCAAGGCCAUUUCACCCAAGGGCGAGCACAAAAAGGCCAUAAUCGUUUCGAUCGGCACCACCCCCUUGCCCACCCUUAACUCCACGACGGCCCAGCAGAUCCGCACAUCGCCCAGACUUUCAAUAAAAAAUUCCGUUCUCGAUUUGUCGCCGCCUGCUUCAAGUUCGAAAUUCGGUUUGUCCUCCACCCCUUACAACCCUUAUUCAUCCAUCAAAGUCACAUCAACCCCCGCGGCGUCCUCCAAAACCCCGACCACCGUUUCCGUCACACCACCUUCCACCACCACCUCGACGACAACCGACAGACUUUUUCCAGCUCACGUUUCGUCACCUAGUAACGAUUUGCAGCCACCAAAUGAGCAAAAGACGACGGCGGCUAGAAGAAGAAAGCCCAGCGGAGAGGCGAACAAAAAUUCAACACCACGCCCAAGAAAUUCUGACGAAGACAUCAGCGAGUCUGACAAUUAUCCCGAUGAAUUCAAACAGAAAAUCAAAAGCGGAGGAAAGAAGGAAAAAGAAACUCCCUUCAUUGUCACGCCUUCAAAGACAUACCCUUUGAAAAGUUCAACGACGACGACAACCAAAGCCCCGGCAACAACAACUACCACCACAACGGCCCAGCCAAAAACUCUGCCGCCCGUCGACAAACUGAUUGAGGAAGACAAUCAGUUGACCACCAAAGUUCGCCGACCCUCCCGACCUUCAGCAACCACCCCCUUCCCAAGAAGGCGGUCACCCACUUUGGCCCCCAGAGUGCCAAGCGAGGGCAAAGACGACGCCGCCAUCAAAAGCCGCGCAGAGCUGCUGAAGAAGGGAAACAGGAGGCCGCCGCUCCAAUCCGCCUCUCUGAUCAACGAGGGCAUUCGCGAGGCAAAAGAAGAGAUUGUAAGCACGGCGGCGCCCAGAGUCUAUUCGAGACCGAACAGACCCGUGGCAGCAAUUGCUCCCGAGCAACAGGAGGAUACACCGUUGACUCCCUUGGUGCAAAAGUUCAGCUCCAAAUACCGCGGCGACCUGAAGGGAAUUGUUUCGAAUGCGCCUGUUUAUGUGCCGACUGUGCCUCCCCUCACAGUCUCAUUGCUGUCCGAGACGAACUCAACAAAACAGCGAGGCGCCAAAAUCCCCGUCCUCCCUCCCAGGGUGCUGUCCACGCGACAAGCCCCUUCGACCACCACAACCACACCCUUGCCAACCACGACAAGGACCACAACUACAGAAAUCCCCACCACGACAAACACCCCUUUGCCCAAAACGCUCCCCUCCAAAGCGAGAUCCCAAGAGGCUGUGACAGAAAAAUCUAAGGGAUCCACCCCUAUAAUCAAACCCCCUACAACUCCCAAACCACCCACAACUACAACAACACUCGCCCCUAAGAUAAUCACCACCACACAAACCCCUGUGAUAACCACGACUCAAAAACUCACAACCCAAAAACAAAACGAUCUCAUCCAAACGCAGAAACCGCAAGUCGCCACCAUCAUCACAAGUUCAGGUCUGCGGUCCAGCACUGCGAGGACAACUCUUAUGGACCACACCAUCCCCAGGCUUGAAAGCAUUUUCGACUUUUCCAACGAUCUGAGAAGCCAGCGAGCGCUCGGUUUAGUGACUGAAAAACCAAUUUCAACUGAGCCACCCUCAAGCACCCAGAAGAGUUCCCCAGUCCUUUACACAGAGUCCUACUCGAAGGUGACAACUUCUGGCAUUCCAGCCACCACAACCCCGAUCCCUUCUGUGGUUUUGGCCACUAGCAGCUCCCAGGAGGAAAUGACUCCACCUCCGAGGUUCGCGGUCCGAAUUCCGAUUUUGCCCUUCGGAACCCAAAGUAGCACCCCAGUGUCUGUCAGUUCAACCUUCCCGAAUCACUUCAGCGCCAGGAGAGAGAAGACCUUGUUUGAUGAAACGACUUCCUCGUCAACUUCAACUACCACCUCUCAGAAACCACAAACAACUUCAACUACCACAUCUGCAAAACCAAUAUCCACUUCAACCACAACUUUUACACCACCUACAACCCUCUCAAGUUCGAAUACGCAUUCCAGGUCAUCGACCACAGUUUUGUACUCCCAGCCGUACUCAAGAUCAACCACAACUGAGUAUCGAGUUCCUGAAACAACCACUGAGGAUCAGAAAACCUCUUCAACAAGUCCCAGAACGACGAGUUACGCAUCCAUAUCCCGCUCUUCUUCCACAGCCAAUAUUGUCCCUGAAGAGGACGACUUCGCUAUGACUGAGGCCCGUUCCAUAAUUCACACGACCACACCUGUAGUUUACUCGACACUGAACUCACUCAAGUAUAACCCUACCACACACAAAGUCUUUUCCACUACAGUCAAACUAACACCACACGAUAACCUUAACAUUGAGGACAAUGAAGUUUCUCAGUCCUCCCUUUCCCCUCCACCCGUAUUCGUGGCCUCAACCCCAAGAGAGCAAUCGGCUCGUGGCUUCCAAGUUACGAGUCCUGCUACCGCGCCUGUUGCCGAGGCCCUGACGUCAACCACGAAGAAGGAGGAGUCACUCCUGGAAUUUGGUUCCAACUUUGACUUUCCCACUGAAACAAGUACUAAGGGAAGCACUACUGAACGCGCUACUUUCAUUUACAAAGUUCCACGUAACAAAGGGGGUACCAAGAAUGGUUCGGGCAAGCUAUCGUCAGUUAUGGAGGCAGCAGUGGAGUUAGCCAAGUACCGAAUUUUAACAACCGACUUGGUUCCAUCAACAUCAAGUUCCGCUCCUCCGACCACACCACUAAGCACUGAUGCACCAACUAGUAGCACAACAGAAUCGUUUAGAUGGAAACCUUUAGAAACCACGGAGACAACUUCCGAAAAGGUUGAAGUAGUAACGGCUGAAACUGUGGGGCCUACUGAAGAUUUGUUGUUCGAUUUAAUAAACGCCCAGAAAUCUACAACUUCAUCGACGACGACCACGACAACAACAACAACAACCACGUCUACAACAACAACUACAACUCCCAGAGCGCCAAUUUCCACUACUGAGUUUGAGGGUCUUGAUUUGGCCAGCUUAUUCAAAUCGACUACAAAGACGAACAUCAGACCAACAGUGUCUUCCAUAGAGACCUCCAACAGCGGAAGAAAAGUGCCAAAUAAUGUUGUGCCCAUUAUAAACGAGAACAACCACGUGGAGCAGCCAACUCGCCGCCCAAGCAGAACGCGUCAAACCACCGAACCGACAACGACGACAACAACAACAAGCACCUCUACGACAACAACUACUGAAGCUCCCUCAACCAAAAAGACGAAGGUGUGGGUUGUCCCCAAGGACGCUGGAGAAUCAACUUCAGCUUCAAAUAAUGAAGAGACGAGUAACAAGGCGGCCAUUCCUGGCUUUGGAGGAAUCACAGCCAAUGAUCUUCUAUUGCUUGAACUUCUGAGCAAGCGAGGCGGCCAAACUCCGGAAGAAACAAAACCAGCAAAUUCCAAAACGGCAGAUAAACCUAAAAUUGAUUUUGCUGGGUUAAAUUUGGCGAAAUUGCUGGCAGCCGGUGAAAAUGGGGACGCCACCGAAUUGGACGCAUCCCUCUUUCCCGCUCCCCCCUCAACCACAACGAGACGACCAAGGGUGGUGCCCACCAACCCCCCUGCCCCGGCCUACGCAGCCCCAGCCUACGAAGCUCCGGCUCAAGCUGUGGGCAGUGGGGCCUGGAAUGCGGUUCAGGGCAGCGGAUCGACCCUGUUUCAGCUACUCAGGGUGAUUGGGGGCGCCAGCAUUGGCCCCUCUAAUUCCGCAGGCCAGGCGCCCGUUGCUGAACCUGACGAGGUUUACCUGGAGCCGGCCACGACCGCUUCAACAAGAACAAGAGGAAGACAGCAGAACAAACCAACUGCAACCAAUGGAAGGAGGCCAGGGUACAGAACUACAACACUAAGCCCAUACUUUGCUGAGGAACUUCCUGACUCAUUUGAUGCUCCGCAGGCCCCUCCGCAAUCAGCUCUUGUGACUGUGGCCAUAAACGUGACUAAAACUGUUGCCAGUCUGAUGGCCAGAGUGUUGUCGGGUGCCGCUCGGACGUUUGGUGCCGCCGUGAGGGGUGCGUCCACCGCCAUCCAAGAGCAGUGGCAGCAGCCCAGCAGUUAAGCGAGCCGCCCCUUAUUUAUUGACUUUCUUUCUUCCGGCCAAACCAAGUGUGACAUUGUAUCAGUUGCCAACACUGACUUAAAAAAAACUUGAUAUUAUUCUAUUAGUUGACAAAUAAUACCGCAUUGGGUGAAAGGAAUUUUAAAAAGCAGAGCUUUUAUUUAUAUUAUGACAUCAUUCAUCAUGCACUUAUUCAUUUCUCACACAUGCUGUUUGUCCGGCGACAAAACUCUCAUCCUCAUCACAUGUAAUUAGUUUUUAGGACUUUUAUUGUGACAUAAUAGAUUUGUAAGAUUGAAUUAAAAUACUGGAGUAUUUUUGAAUCGAAUGUGAUUUGUGCGAAUGUUGUCUAGUCUGACGAUUAAGCUGCAAAGCUUUUGAUGUGCGAAUCUGUGUACAAUAAAAAGAGAGAUGAAGCAUAAUAUUUCUUUAAAAAAUAUUGAUUUUU